GUGUACAAACCUGUGUCAAGCAAAACAAAAUUCGAAAGUCCAAUAGUCUGAAUAGAAUCUUCUCAGAAGGAAAUAGUCUGCUCUCCAUCAGACCUGUAUUAGAAAAGCCUUUGACGUUUAGGUUGAGAGCUUCUGAAAUCUUCGAAUAUGGGUCUCCAGUGGCAGCUGGUGGCUUGGUUUUUGUACCUGGAAGUUGCACUUGUCUUUCUGUUGUGCAUGGAAUUCGUAUCUGCUACAAGAUGGAAGAAAAUCUUCAGCUCUCGCUUCGUAUCAAUGUUGAAGAAGCAUGCGUCAGCGUCAUUCUACACUCUACUUCUGCUCCUUGUCUUGCUGUUUGUGGAUUCGGUGAACAAAAUGCUCAAGUAUCGUCAACAAUAUGAGGAGUACAAAACUGCCGGUCGCCCAGGUAUCGGCGUGGGGCCAGAUCCAGGUGCUAUGAUGUUCCUUGCCCAACGAAACCUCUACAUCACCGGUUUCUCUCUUUUCUUGCUGCUUGUCGUAAACCGUUUGAUGAAGCUGCUCUCCCAGCUUGCAACGGUGACGGCCCGCGAGGAGGCUGCGUUGCAACAGGCGCGCUCUGCCUCGACACAAUCUGAACGGCUAAUGGACGAGAAUGCUGAUCUGCGCGCCAGCUCUGCUAGAUCUGGAAGCAGCAAGACCAGUGGUAGCAAGGCUGCUGCUGCUGCUGCCAGCAGUGAGACCAGUGAAGCUGAUGUGACCAAGCUACGUGACCAGCUGCGUGAGAAGAGCAAAGAGCUGGAGUCUGCACAAGCUUCUCUAGAGGCCAUCAAAGCCCAGGCAGAGAGUACCAACAGAGAGUAUGACCGCCUUCUCAAGGAGCACUCUCAGCUUCAGGAACAAGUUGGCGGACAAGACAAGAAAACUGACUAGACCCCAGCUGUGCUUGGUCCGGACCGCUGUGAUUGCGACGCACCACCUUGUCUCUGUCAUCGCUUCUCCUGCACGAGCUGCCGUCGCCUUGUGUCCUCCAAUGGCAAAGUACAUUGGUUUGGACGUGCAUAGGCAGCUAGCCGUGGCAUGAAUCCAUAUGCCUACUUUCUGUACUAACACAUGCUGUGAUUAGUGCCCUUGCCAUCACAUGCUGCACAGUCUCAUGCAAUUGCCCGUGUGUGCGUGUGUUUUAGCCGGUCCAGGUGCUUUUCUUUUUUACCAUUGUGCAUAACGUUAUGUGCUUCAGAGUUUUGUUUCCUUACUUUGAUGAUGAUUGCCGUAGCUGGAUCCGCGCCAACACUUUCUGCUCUGAGAGAUUUGAGACGUUUGGCCCCGGGCACUCCAGUUUUCUUUUGCCCAUAAGAUGACUUCCUUGUUUCAGGCGUUACUACUGGCAUGUUUGUUUCGGGUGUUACUACUGGCAUGUCGUUGAUGAAUUCUCCGAUUUACAUUACAUGAAUCUGGAUGUCCUCUACUCAUUCUUUA